CUAUAGUCGAAGAGAUAUGUGACACGAGUUACGCCCCUUGGAACUACGUUAGAGUUAUAAAUAAAUCAUAAACAGUAACGUGCUAAAACCUGACUACAUUACACAUGUUUAAAUGACACAAAAUAUCGGAUAAUUACGAAGUGCGGUCAUUAAUAUUCACCUGGUGAGUUAAGUAAAGAUAAGAAAAUAAACCUUCUUCAGUUCUACUCAAAUAACGGUAUUUCGCAAAAGUAAAGUUUAAGAAAAAAACAUUUUUCGAAAAAAAACAAGCCGUUUUCUUUGUUUCCAAAAAUAUUUAAUAAGUUAACUUAUUAAGUGAUUUUGAGUUUGUUUUCGCCAUCUUUUUUAUGCCACGGCAUCAUAGGUCGGGGGGAGGUGACUAGCAGUGGGAUGACACACAAUAUUAUUUUUAGAUCCUUCUCUCCUUGUAUCUGACCGUCACAGCAUUUUUGCAUCUGGAGAAAAUAUUUACGUCAUCUUCGACGAGACUUCGCGGGAACUAGAUAUCAUUAGUUUUCAAAUUCAACAGCUACACGGUCCUGUAUAUUUCAAAACCUUUGACGGUCGCAAUAAUAGGCAUGCAUGAUGGACCUUGACUUCUCGGACUGCACAAGUCUUCACGAGGGCGAGUUGGACGCAGAUUUGAUCUCCGCCACCCUCGAGGCGAUAAAGACUGGGAAACUCACACCCCUGCUCAAAACAGAACUCAAAUGCAGAAUUCAGAAGAAAUGUUUUGAGGAGGGGAAAGAUUUAACACUGGACGAUGAACCACAGUUGGUUCAAAGAAAAGCUCCGCUGCUGCCAUUUGAGGUGGAAAGACAAGAACGAAGACGUGAACAAAACCGGAGGGCUGCCAAAAACUUUCGACAGCGGAAACGACAGGCAUCGGGAGAAAUACACAAGAUUCUCGUGGAUUUGGAGGAAAAGAAUCGUCAGCUAAAAGAAGAAAUUAAGAGACUCAUGACAGAGACCGACAUGUUCCGAACGGCGCUGUCCAGUCACCUAUGUGUGUCGCCGACCGAGCCCGACCCCACGGCCGAGCCUCUCCCUCGGGCCCAGGAUACCGCCUCACACUGACCACAGUGACUGCAUGUUAACUUGUUACAUGUAUUUCUUUCAUUUCAUUUCAUUAUAUCCUCUUUCAAAUGCAACAUCAAAAUACACAUACAAAAAUAUUUUGAUAUAUAAAUGGAAAAACCAAACAAAACAAGAAAAAAAAUCAACAAAAAAAUAAGAAAAAAACAAAACCCAACGUAUGGUGACUACAUUCUAUUAACACAAUGAUGUCGGAAAUUUUACUUCUUUUUAACGUCCUUAUUUUCUUAGCUUUAAACUUUGUUUGAAUGCACUCCAUGCUCUUAUAUAACAUAAAUUCCUCUAUUCAACCCCAUGUAUGUAUGUAAAUUCGACAAGUAGUCGAUACCAUUAAAACUAUUUGAACUUAACAACCAAUAUCUUACCUCUGAUGUUUUCUAUUCUCUGUACAAGACAAAAAUCUUUCAUUGAACCCCAUCAUCAUUGUUGUUUUUGUCCUAAAAGACAAAAUUUGUCUCUAAUCAAAUGGCCAUUGACGAUAAUUUGAUCUCAGUUUUAUAUUUUGUACAUUGUCAUAAUAAAUUCAGAAUUGUCUUUUGUAUAAAAUUAGUAGUAUAGAUAAAAUUGUUGCCCUUAUUGUUGUGCAAAAACUGUUCUUGUAAAUAAAGUUGACUGCACUAUCAGAGAUCCAUGUACAUACAACUUAGAUUUAUAAAGCUACAACCAUGGUGAUUAGAUAUUGUAAUGGGUAAAAAGUAAAUAAACUUUUAUAUUGCUUUACCAUUAUUCACAACUUUAUCCAUAUUGUUUUGGUUGGUGAAUACAAAUCUGGGCGACAUGUUUUGUUUUUGCUCAGGGGUAAUCCUCAUUAUUUCGAUGGACUAUGUGUUCUGAGGAGUACCGAUUUUGUGUUAUUUGUUUGUCCAGAAAGAAGGCAUAUCCAUUACAUUUGACGACAGGGUUCAUAUUUUGUUAUCUUCCCUUUGUUCCAGAUAACGCACAGUGUUUAUGUAUUGUGUAUUGCUCCAUGUUCUGAAGUAUUAAUAUUUUGCUGUUUUGUAAAUAAAAUGUUCUAUACAAACGAUCUGUUUCUCUUGUAUUCGGUGCACAACAUUUAUUGCGGCAAUUUUCUGUGUGCAGUGGGCUCCAAGGAAAUCGCUGUGUUUAAUAUUAUUGUCAUAUUUAAACAUCUAUUACUGAUCACAUAUACUGUUUUGGCUGCUUUCCAAAGUCGAUAGACUUUGACAUACGCCUCGCUGGCACUCGCUGAUCGACUCGGGUCACACUAAAGGUCAUCCUAACAUAGUCCAGACGACUGUGACAUCACACCGGGACGCGACUCCCGCGCCGGAGUAGGUUUUUUAAUUCCCAAAGAAAAUGGUGUUAAGAUUCACUCCUUCUGCCCGGAUAAAAUUCACCUCCGGGAUCGAUAUUUGUGUACCUGAACCGAGCUUCUAAAAUGGAGUAACAACAACAGAUACUGCAGUUUGGUGAUGGCCGGCUGUUUGGGGAUUCCAUACAUGUUUCACAAGCUUCCGAUGACGCUUCAGUUGCGGGGUUAGCAUGUUCCACUUCACCGCCCGAUGGCAACUACUUACCGGCGUUCCGACCGUGCAGUCUGGUCAGGACAACCUUGAAGUACUAAUGUCAGACAGACAUCAGAUUACAGAAGACUCCAAAGAAACGCCGACACAGCAUCUCACUCACAACAUAUACUCCAUUCAUGGGGAUUUCGGGGAAGAAGGAAGAAGGACAUAUGAGGAUGUGCAUGUAUGAAUGAAACUUGUUUUCCGGAUCAAAAAUAUGAAUAUUCAUAUGUUUUGGAAGUACUUUGACAUAUGCGAUAUUUUUUGUUCUUUUCUAAAAAUCAGUUAUCGAAUUUUCCUGAAAUCCAAUGUGUCCUGCUGUUGUCAUCCAAAGGAUACCUCCAUCUUGAGUCCAUCAUGUUGGCUGCAGCAUGGAAAAAAAAUCUCUGCUUUUUGCGCAAUGACAACGGGACAUAUGAGACUUACUCAAUCUUUCUAUUUUGGACUCUAAAAUCAGGAGGAGUAUUACUUUCAGAGACAAAGAAGAAUCAGAAUUCAGUGAAAUUGUGACUCUCUCCAGAAUGCUCCGUUACGAUCACCUUGAUGCAGUGUUACAACUUAAAUAGAUGUAAAAUAGGUGAUAGGAAAUUGAGCAUGGCAAAUAAUCAUCUUUCCCUAAACGUGACACCUUGUGUUAUAACAAUAUUAAUGUGAUAUCUUACCCACAAAAUGUUAAUAUAUGUUUUCCAAAAUGUAUCGAUUUUACAUCAUAGGCUAAAAAAUAUUAUGAGAGGAGAUACUAUCUAAAGGGAAAAACCGCGAACAAAUACGCGUAUUGGAUGCUUUAACGUGUGUUUUUGUUGUUCGAGACAUAAAUGCAAUUACAGAUGGCAAAUUUUAUUUUUUGCUAUCAAAGGAGUUCUUCAAAUUCUAUGGAAAUACCAUCUGCCGUGGAACAAACGUGUUGGAUAAGCCAGGUAUUCAGUUUCAUAAAUCUGGAACGAUCUUUGUCUUUUGAAAGCUCAGGUAAACCUAAAACGAAUCUCCCCCACAAAAUAUCGCGAUUCUCAUUCAACGAAGAGUGCUAUUUUUUUUUUAGAGCAUAAAUAUAUUUUUUAAAACGGUUAGAUAAUAUAUAUAAAAAUAUAAAUGCUAAAGUUAAAUAUUAAAUGAAUAUUUUCAAUAAAAUACUAAUUGGCUAAAAUAACUAUAAAUAUUUUUUUAAAUAAAUGAAUUGGAAUUAAUGACCCAAAAAAAUUACAAAAAUUUAGAGGAAAAACAUUUAAAAAGCUUGAUAUAAUUUUUUACAAAAACAUUAUUCUUGUUAAAUGAUAAAAAAUGUAAAUGAAAUAAUGAGAUAAAAAAUAUUAAUGGUCUUUAUAUUUAUUUUAAAAGUUUUGGAUAAUUUUUCCAAUGUUGAAAGCAAGAAAAAAAAAACCAGAAUCACUAAUUUAAAAUUUAAGUUUAAGAAUAUUCGGCUGCAAAUUAAAUCUCGUCCUAUUUCGUAAAAUAUCUUUUAUAGUUGACCAGUUGCUUCAUCAAACAUGGAAUCCAUGAAGUAAAUUUUUAUGUGCUUUAUUUUUAUAAUUUAAAAAAAUAUUUAUGAAUUUUUUGGAUGCUUUCAAUGAAUGGGAAAAUAUGUUGAAAAUGGUUAAGCGCAGAAUAGAUCUCAGCUGUUUCAUAUUAUUACUAUAAUGGUGAAAGCAAUUUAAUGAUCAUAUAGAGAGUGGUUGUAAUCUACAGCAAAUAUUUUGAUAUGUUUUCAGAGCCAAAUAGCCUAUAAUAUAGUUGUAAUUUUUUUUUGAUCUGUCUGCUUUGAUGCGUCAAAAACUGAGGCGCCAAAACGCAGCUAUCUGUUGACUAAUUAACAUGAAUAAAAAAAAUUCAAACCAGAU